CCCACCGCGCCGCCUGCUGCCGCUCCUGCUGCUGCUCGGCCUUGUCCGCGGCGCGACCGCAGCGCCGGACCUAGAUGGUUUAGAUGUCUGUGCUACUUGCCAUGAACAUGCCACCUGCCAGGAGAGAGGAGGGAAGAAGAUCUGUAUUUGCAACUAUGGAUUUGUGGGCAAUGGGAGGACCCACUGUGCUGAUAAAAAUGAGUGCCAGUUUGGAGCUACUGUGGUCUGUGGGAACCACACAUCUUGCCACAACACACUUGGAGGCUUCUACUGCAUUUGCCUAGAAGGAUACAGAGCCACGAACAACAACAAGACAUUCAUUCCCAAUGAUGGCACCUUCUGUACAGACAUAGAUGAGUGUGAGGUUUCCGGCCUGUGCAGGCGUGGAGGACAAUGUGUGAACACUCAUGGGAGCUUUGAAUGCUACUGCAUGCAUGGCUACUUGCCAAAGAGUGGGCCUGAGCCUUUCCACCCAGCCAGAGAUGCCACGUCAUGCACAGGUGGGUUUCUGCCAAAGAAUGCAGCAUCUGAAGAAAUUGACUGUGGCACCCCUCCUGAGGUCCCACAUGGCUAUAUCAUAGGAAAUUAUACAUCUACGCUGGGCAGCCAGGUUCAUUAUGUUUGCAAAGAAGGAUUUUUCAGUGGCCCGGAAGAUACAGUUUCAACCUGCACAGCUUUGGGCACAUGGGAGUCCCCAGAAUUAUAUUGCCAAGAGAUCGACUGUGGCAGCCCUCCAGAAGUGCAGCAUGCAGUCCUGGUGGGGAAUCACAGGUCCAGCCUGGGCAGUGUGGCUCACUAUGCCUGUCAAGAGGGCUUUGAGAGCCCUGGAGGAAAGAUCACUUCCGUGUGCACAGAGAAAGGCACCUGGAGAGAAAGUACUUUGACAUGCACAGAAAUAAUAACAGAAAUUAGUGAUGUAUUAGUGUUUAAUAACACCUGCAUGAGGUGGAAAAUAAACCCAGGAAGAAUGAAUGCCAGGAUUGUAUAUGUGAUAUCCAUUAAAGGACAACGGUUGAACUCGAUGGAAUCAGUUCAUAAGGAGACAGUUAACUUGACCACAGACAGCAGGACCCCAGAAGUGUGCCUAGACCUGUACCAAGGCACCAACUACACCGUGAGCAUUUCCACUGCCCCUCCCAGACGCUCUGUGCCAGCCUUCAUUGGGUUCCAAACAGCUGAAGAUGAUAUCUUAGAAGAUGAUGGAACUUUCAAUAUUUCAAUAUUUAAUGAAACUUGUUUGAAAUUGAAGAGGCAUUCUAUGAAAGUUGGAUCAGAACAAGUGUACCAAUUUAAAGUUCUGGGUCAAAGAUGGUAUCUGAAUAAUUUUUAUCAUGCAACAUCAUUUAACUUCACUACGAGGGAACAAGCGCCGGUUGUGUGUUUAGAUCUGUACCCAGCAACUGAUUACACCGUGAAUAUUACCCUGCUGGCAUCUCCCAAGCAGCACUCGGUGCAAAUCGCGACAAAAACUAUACCGGCUGUGAAACAGACCAUUGUUAACAUUUCAGUAUUUAAUGAAACCUGCUUAACAUGGAGAAGUUUGAAGACAGCUGACAUAGAGGAGAUGUAUUUAUUCCACAUUCGGGGCCAGAGAUGGUAUCAGAAGGAAUUUGCCCAGGAAAUGGUCUUUAAUGUCACUACCAGCAGCCAGGCCCCUGAGAUGUGCUUGGACCUGCAUGCAGGUACCAACUACAGUGUCACCUUCCUGGCUUUGUCUUCUGAAUUUCCUGUGGCAAUCUCCUUGACAACCCAGAUAACAGAGCCUCCCCCUCCGGAAGUAGAAUUUUUCACAGUGCAUGGAGGGCCUCUACCACGCCUGAAACUAAGGAAAGCCAAGGAAGAAAAUGGACCUAUCAGUUCAUAUCAGGUGCUAGUGCUUCCUCUGGCUUUCCAAAGCACAUUUCCUUGUGAUUCCGAAGGGGCUGCCUCAUUUUUUAGCAAUGCUACUGAUGCUGAUGGAUACGUGGCUGCAGAACUAUUGGCCAAAGAUGUUCCAGAUGAUGCCAUGGAGAUAUCUAUUGGAGACAGGCUAUACUAUGGGAAAUAUUAUAAUGCACCCUUGAAAAUAGGGAAUGAUUACUGCAUUAUAUUACGAAUCACAAGUGAAUGGAAUAAGGUGAGAAGAUACUCCUGUGCAGUUUGGGCUCAGGUGAAAGAUUCAUCCCUCACGCUGCAGCAGAUGGUGGGUGUUGGACUGGGCUCCAUGGCUGUUGUGAUCAUUCUUGCAUUCCUGUCCUUCUCAGCAGUGUGAUGGCAGACUGACACUGUGUGGGAAGGAUGUCCUGCUGCUGGGGCAGGUGUUAUGACAGUUUCUCAGAUGCCUACGCAGAGGCCCAUGUGGCUUCCAUCCCAAGGUGUGCGGGCCUGCAACUUUCUCCACUCCCAGCUUGGCCCCAUUCCUGGAUUCCAGGUGGUGGCCAUCUCUAUGGAAUCUCCUGAAAGGACAAAAUUCAGGGAUUGCUGGUACAGGACCAGUUCUGUGUCUAUGAAGUUGAGACCCUUGAUAUACAAUACAGUAUUGACUACAGUGUACAGAUCAUGGCUGUGUUGUGCCUUCCUCUGAGUGAUACCCCUAGACACUGAAAGUAAGAGUCUCUGCAUCCUCCUUUAUAGUAUCUCUGUUAACUAAUUCAGACCCCAUUCAUUCAUAAUAUGUGUUGAGAAGGACUUAAGUUUGGGCUGGAAUUUCACUUUAUGAAGGAGUUCAUUGAAAAGGAUAGAGAACAUUGACAAGAGCAAACUUUUUGAGCACUUUAGAAGCAGCCCUUUCCUCACAAUUAAUCGAUAUGCUAAUUAGAAAGUAUAUUAGCCUGGCUACUCCGUAAGUUCUCUACAAUCUCUGUUAGGCAGCCUUGCUUUGAUUCAAUUCCAAUUGCCCUAUAUAUUCAAAAGUAAUAAGUCUGCAUUCCAGUAAAAAUAUUCUGUAAUUUAGAUUGUUCUUCCCUGAUUAUUUUUUAUUGCUAAGGGUAUCCUAAAACUGCUCAGUGGCUUCCUUUAGAGAUUUGGAUUGAGUGGCAGUGUAGUAACAGUGGAUUGAAACAAUAUCGAGCCCAUGGCCAGCGUCCAUGUGUGUUGCA